AUGUCCGCCCGGACCGCCUACCUCCUCUGGUCGCCCGGCUUUGCUCGCGCUCUGGUCAUCUCCACAGCCGCAGAGCUAGCGGUCCUCGGCGCGGUGAACACGGUUCCUGCCCUCCAGUUGCUCGCGGAAGACAUGGUAGCUGCGGCGCAGCUGGCACUCCUCGAGGGAGCGCACGCCUUGCACUGGUGGUCGGCGAUCGCUAUGCUCGCGAGCGCCUGCUGUGUGCUUCAGAUCAUCCUCACAGCGCUCUCGCUCGGCUGCAGCGGCCUCAACGCCCUCCUUGGCCCUGUCCGGCCGCCGCUCCUGGCCGCGAUACUGCUGCUGCAGACGGGCAACUGGCACAGCGUUGUGACGAGAAAGCCGGAAAACGCGCGCCUGGUCGCUCUCGGCACCGCAAUCUCCGUGCUCAUCUCCUUGUCCCCCGAGAUCACGGAGCGCUUGCGCCGUCGCCCUCAGCGAGGGGGCGCGGCGGAGCGCGCGGCGGACGGCGCCACAGAGGUCUCGCUGAGGGUCGCAAAGGUGAGCUGCUCUGUGUGCGAGGGAAAGGUGCGGUCCGUUGCCGAGGCGCACACCGCGGUGCUCCGAUGCGAUGUCGACAUCGACCGCUCGCUCGCGAAGCUGACUGUCGACGCCGCCGGAGAGGCUGCCGUGGCCGCGGUGACGGCCGAGGUCGCCGCCUCGCUCGACGCGGCCGGAUACCCCGUCACGAGCGGUGGCCGCGAGGCAACCGGUGGCGGCACGGAAUGCGAGCGAGCCGCCGUGCGCAAGCCGGGUGGCUCGUCCUGCUGCGCCGUCCAGCUGACGAUCAAUGCGCUCGCGCCGCUCGGUAUCAACCUGCUGGCCCCUCUCGGCCUGCAGGGCUGCGCUGGGUUCAACACCUUUUUGGGCCCGCUGCGCCCGUACAGCCGCGGCGCGACGGCGACGUUCUUCGCGGUGCGGUGGGCCAGCGCGGGCCAUGGCCAGCCGAAGAGAGCGCUGGUGGUGGCGACCGUGCUGGCGGCGCUGCUCACUUACAUGCCCGAGAUGCUCCUCUUCGCCGGCGCCACAGCGCUCGCGCCGCCCACCGACGGGGCGUACUACCUCGACGUCGCCGUGGGCUCCUCGGGCGUGGUCGACGCGCUGGUGGCGGGCACAGAGGAGCAAGGCGUCGCCCGCAUGCUCGUGCAACCACGCUGGGGGCUCGACCUCGCCGCCAUCGCGAGGCGGGUCAACGACUCGGGGUUCGAGAUGGACGGGGCGGCUGCCAAGGUCAAGAACAGUCGGGCCAGCGACAGGCAUUAG